AUGUUUAACGAAGACGAUGAUGAGGAGGCCACUAUGGGUGCCGUCAGGUACCCAGUCAUGCCAUCGCUAGUGGCUCUGCAGCAGAUGAGAAACAGAAUGCAUCUCGCAUACCUUGGCAAGAAGUUAAUGAAGUGGACCGCUAUGGCUACUAGCAAAGAGCUUAGAAGAAUAGCUGUCGAAAUUUCAAAUGCCCUCAAAGAAUAUGGUACCAAGAUGCAGUUGGGCUUCAUUUUAUUGGCUAGAGCAAGAUAUUUUGUCCCGCACAUAAAUACUACGGUGUUGGAGUGCAUACCCAAAAUCGCCACGAUAACAGUAAAAACUCAACAGAGAAGUGUUUCAGGUGUCAAAGUGAAUAACCUUAUCGCUGAAGAUAACGAAAUAGAUCCUUAUCCAUACCUUGGACUUAACAAUGGAGGAAUGUGCAUAUCCACCUGCAAAGAUUUGUGGGAGGAACUGGUGAAACUGAUGAUCCUCAUCGUACAAUACAGGAUAACAUUUGUCCUAAUCGAGCAAGCUCAGAAGGCUGCUAACAAGAAACAAAACGUACUGUCAAGAUGCAUUAUACCAAGGAUCCUUAUAACAAUGCAUUACAUUCUAUCUGAACUGGACGAGAGAGAACGAGAAGAAACAUUCAGAUUAAAACGAUUCAAACAACUCAAAUACAAAGGCAAAAAAGAUGACAAAACAGAACCGAAAGAACCUGGAAAAGAAGCUAUUGUACCUCCUCCUGUUCCUCCUCCUGCUCCUCCUCCUGCUCCUCCGUGUCAAGUAUGCGGUGUAGAAUCGCCACCGGCUGAAGCUGAAUACAUUGAAGAUGAAUACAUUGAAGCUGAAUACAUUGAACCUGAACUUGAACCUGAAUUUGAACCUCAACUUGAACCUAAACUUGAACCUAAACUUGAACCUAAAUUUGUACCUAAACUUGAACCUAAACUUGUACCUAAACCUGUACCUAAACAUGUACCUGAAUUUGUACCUGAAAAAGUAGGUUUCAAAGAGAGUAUUUGUAGCUGUCAUAUCCCUCAAAUUGAAGUAAAAGAUGAUGAACAAGUUUGUCCUCUGUGCCAUCUUGCCGAAGAUGACGAUUCUAAAUUACGUGUAGGGACAUGUACGCAAGGUCCCCCAAGAACUGCUCCUCCGAAGGCUCGCUUGGAACAUCUUAUGGCACACAUAAACCAAAUAAUAGAAUUAGUAAAACAAUUAGGAGCUGGACAACAAUUACCGUGUGGAAAAAAAGAGAAUAUUAUAAAGUGUUGUGAAUCAAUGAAAUGUAAAAUUGAACAAUUAUCGUCUCCUCCACCUCCGUGCGACUUUUGUAUGGAUGCUGCACAACAAUCGGAGCAACCAGUACCAGGACCGGUUCCAGUACCAACACUGCCACCAGCACCAAAAUCGCCACCAGUGCCGAAAUCGCCACCAGCACCAAAAUCGCCUCCAGUGCCGAAAUCGCCACCAGUGCCAAAAUCGCCACCAGUACCGCUACCAAUUUCGCCUUGUAUGUCUGUCCCUGAAAGCGUAACAUGCUCUUGUGUACCUUCAAUAUGCAGUAAGCUAGUACCAUCAGUAAAGUCAUCAAGAAUUACACCGCCAUGCCGUCCGCCACCAGAAAUACCAUCCCAACGGUCAGUAUUGCCGAAAAGUUCAAAAUUGUCAAAACAAAAACACAAAUUAGGUUAUUUCGAAACAGAAUAUAAAGAAAUUAUUAGGGUGACGAGGUCGAUGAACCCCGACGGUACAUUGAGCGAGGAGAGGCAAGUUAUAACAGUGAAAACUGAACGAACAAAUCCCCGGCGUAAAAAAAGUAAUGAGUAUGACGAUGAAGGUUACUCUACCCCUUGUCGAAGAAGUGACAGCGAUUACGGUAGUGGUGGGGGUGGGGGUGGUUUUAGCGGUGGUGGUGGCUGUUGUGGAGGUGGGGCACCUCCUGAUGAUAACAGAUCUUGUAAAGAUGGUGGCACUUGUAAGUCUGGAACAUUCGAACGCCAAGGAGGUAGUGGUGGAGCCGGUGGUUCUCAAAGAAGCACUGGCGGGGAUGGUACGGACGGAAAAGAAUGUAAAGCUGGUGGUGGAAGUGCCCGUGGAUUAAACACCCAGUCUUCCUGUACAGAGGGAGGGUUGUGUCGAGCCGAAAGUGUACGUCUUACUGCAAUCGACUACACUAUUCAAUCGGAUGUGGCUGGAUCAUGUGGUGUUUGUAAAGUUUCCAGUGCAUCAAUGCCUAAAACUCCUUCAGCAGCACUACCUAUAACCGCUACUUAUGCACCUCCUAGUGCAUCUAUUUGUAAUGCCAGUGCUCCUCUAUCAGCAACUUCUUGCGCUACACCCUGUUCAGCAACUGUUAAAUAUGCUCCCUGUGGUACACCACAAACAACACCAGCUAAACCUGUUCCCUGUGGUGUUUUACCAACAGCACCAGCUAAACCAGCACCCUGUGGUGCUCUUCCAACAUCACCAGCUAAAUCUGCUCCCUGUGGUGCUCCACCAUCAGCAUCGGCUAAGUCAACUCCCUGUGGUACUCCAUCAACAGCAUCAGUUAAAUCAGCUCCCUGUGGUGCUCCUCUAACAGCACCAACUAAAUCUGCCCCCUGUGGUACUCCACCAACAGCACAUAAAUCUGCUCCCUGUAGUGGUUCUUCAACACCAUCAGCUAAAUCUGCUCCCUGUAGUGGUUCUUCAACACCAACAGCUAAGUCUGCUCCCUGUGGUGCUCCUCCAAAAGUACCAGCUAAAUUUGCUCCCUGUGGUACUCCACCAACAGCACAUAAAUCUGCUCCCUGUAGUGGUUCUUCAACACCAUCAGCUAAAUCUGCUCCCUGUGGUGCUUCUCCAACAGCAUCUGCUAAAUCUAUUCCCUGUGGCGCUUCUCCAACAGCUGCUAAAUCUGCUCCCUGUGGCGCUUCUCCAACAGCAGCUAAAUCUGCUCCCUGUGGCGCUUCUCCAACAGCAGCUAAAUCUGCUCCCUGUGGUGCUUCUUCAAUAGCAGCUAAAUCUGCUCCCUGUGGUGCUUCUCCAACAGCAGCUAAAUCUGCUCCCUGUGGUGGUUCUCCAACAGCAGCUAAAUCUGCUCCCUGUGGUGGUUCUCCAACAGCAUCUGCUAAAUCUAUUCCCUGUGGCGCUUCUCCAACAGCAGCUAAAUCUGCUCCCUGUGGCGCUUCUCGAACAGCUGCUAAAUCUGCUCCCUGUGGUGCUUCUUCAAUAGCAGCUAAAUCUGCUCCCUGUGGAGCUUCUCCAACAGCAGCUAAAUCUGCUCCCUGUGGUGCUUCUCGAACAGCUGCUAAAUCUGCUCCCUGUGGUGCUUCUUCAACGGCAGCUAAAUCUGCUCCCUGUGGUGCUCCUCCACCUGCACCAGCUGUAUGUGGUUUCCGUGGUCCUCCUCCGAUUCCACCAGCUAUAUGCCGUACCUGUGGUCCACUUCCAACUGCACCUUGCGGUGCUCCAUCGACUGCUCCUUGCGCAAUUCCUAAAAAGGCCAUUUGUCCGCCGCCUCGUAAACCUUUACCUUGCAGUGCUGGCGGGAUUUGUAGCAAUGAAGCACCACCGGCCGGUACAAGGGUCCCUAGUAUGCGUUACUCUAUGGGAAUUUUUGACCCCAGUGAGGGUGUCUACAAAUCGUGUGGCGCUAGUGCUCAAAGUAGUGUGCCAAGUGUUAAAACUUGUAAGUCAAAUACAGAUGGUGGAGUUCGGAAGACCUGUUUAGCUGACAACGCCUCGAAAGCAUCGAGAUCCAGUGUUGUCAUUAAAACAUGCAAAGAUUGUGGCGUCUGCACGAUCAGAGACAAUGCAGAUAGUGGGUACAACACUGCCGGUACCAGUAUCACUAGUGGGUCCGUAUGUACCUGUGACAAAUGUAAAACUGGUGUGGGUUGUGGGUCUCAUUGCGUUAUAACUGAGUACGUAACUAGCAUUUGCCAGAGUGGCGAAGACGGCCCAGAUGUCAUCAGAAAAGACCGUCGCACUAUUGGAUGUGGAAGCUCUUUCUACCACACGACGACCUUUGGUUUCAACCCACUUCCACUAGGUUUCUCCUACCCACCACACGGGCCUCCAGCUACUAAAAGCACAUCCACGUCAAUAAAACAUUAUAACAACAUUGAAUCGACGAGUGGGUGCGCAUGUAAGGCUAAUACAGGGACAGAUAGGAAGGUGACUUCAAUGACCACGAGUGAUUCUUCUUCAGUCGCUUCCAGCUAUCGACCUCCUAUUGCAGAACUGCGGGACUUUUAUUGCGGAACCGAUGCACCAAUAUUCACGAAAGCUGUGUCAGCAUCUACAUCUGCACAAUCCUGCUGGAACCCUUUGGUUAAGAAAAUGUGCGAUAAAGGCACUUUUUGUAUUCCUGAUUGCAGUACCAAGCCCGGCGUUGGUAAUGUCAAUGAAUCUGUAGUCGGCACAAGUCUUAAAAGAGGUGGAGAGCUAAUAAUACCGACUCCUUGCUCUAGUGACGCGAGUAAAAAUAUUAGAGUUAGGUCUUUGACCAACACUAGCUACUCCACUGAGAUGACUAAAUCACCAACAUCGGGUGUUAGUGGAAAUCGGUGGUUGGAAAAUAAGGAUGAUAAUAACGACCUAUUACUCAAAGGGUGCACGCUGUAUGCACUGAGAAAAAUGCUAAUGCCGAGAAGUAUAUCGACACAAUGUAGCGAGAUGACUUUAGUAUCCGCGGUGGAUUCUAUUUGUUCGUGUUAUCACUCAAAAUCGGCGAAAUCGUGCCAGAAAUGUUCAAUGCCAUUACGAAACAAUCCUACGUGCUACACGUAUGUUCAAUUGCGUGAUUUCGACUUGGAAGACGAAACAUGUGUCUCUUGUGGAACCCUUGGACAAUUAUCUACUCCAUCUGCAUGUACGUUAACUGAGAACACGGUUAUCCCUUAUAAUACGUCGCAAAAGAGUAACAGCUUGUUCUCUGAGUGUAAGUCUAUGUGUGCAGCUAUAGCAAAGCAGAUAAGAACUAAGUGUGGUACACCUCUGCCACAAGAGAUCUGCUGUCCAAAGCCAGGUGCUGUGAAAACAGUAAAAGUCAUACCAAAACAGAUUCCUAUGCUUGUUGAUGCCUAUACAUCUACAAAACGUAGCGACAGAUUCGAUUGUAGACCCUUAGUGGUUUUCAAAAAGAACCACACGUGCGCGAAAAUUCGAAAGAAGGUUUGUGCGUGCCAUUCUGAUUCUCAUGUCUGUAAGAACGUCAAAACUCGUGCCGUGUUACAGAAUAGCAAAUCCUGCAGUUCUGAUCUAUACACUGAUUAUCCCUGUUAUUGA